AUGUCGCUUACAAAUGGAUUCAUGACUAGAACCAUACUCAGCUAUGCGAUCCGGCGGCAUUCUCAUCCGAUCUAUCAUCCUUUUGUACCAUUUAUGACUUCCCAUUCUUGCUGCCACUUUUUUUUCCCGAAUCAAGUGGUUAUGAAAAUUCUAUGGAGAGCACGAAAAAGUGAGGUAAAGAAAGUUCAUGUUCAUCUAAAGGAUGGAAUUGAGUCAUUACAACUAUUACUACUACGGUCUAAUCGAAUGUUAAAGUCGCAGGAGGGGGUCCAAAAAGUGAUAAUGUCGAUUGUCCUCGAUCACAAAAAUCCAACCGAUAUCAUUCAUCAAAAGGUUAAAGAUUAUGGUUACUGUCAUCAUGAAAAGGUUGCAAAUAUAAGGACGUUUUUGUUGAAAUUUGAUUACAUUAUUUUCAUUGUUAAAAAUCGAGUUUUAACAGUCAGAUGUUUUUUUUCCCCUUCUUUCUCAAAUUUAGACAGUUAG